UACCGCUGACCGACGGGCAACCCCGGUGUAACAAAACUAACUACCGUUCCCUGUGCGGCUAAUUGAGCAAGCGAGAGAGCAACGCAGAAGCUAAAUAAGAUAACUCGAAAUGGCGACGGCAAUAUACUUGGAACAUUAUCUUGACAGUAUUGAAAACCUGCCAUGCGAGUUACAGAGGAACUUUACAUUAAUGCGGGACCUGGACAACAGGACUGAAGAAAAGAAAGGAGAGAUUGACAAACUGGCUGAAGAGUACAUAGCGACUGUGAAGAACCUGGCCUCAGAGCAACGAGUGCAACACCUGCAGAAGAUUCAAAAUGCCUACAGCAAGUGCAAAGAGUUCAGCGAUGACAAAGUCCAGCUCGCAAUGCAGACAUAUGAAAUGGUGGACAAACAUAUUCGCCGGCUGGAUGCAGAUCUGGCUCGGUUUGAAAAUGAGCUAAAGGAGAAACUGGAAUUGAGUGGCUAUGAAAGUACAGAUGGAAGAGGACUGAAGAAGAGUGAAUUGCGAGGGCAGAGAGAGAAGCGUGGAUCCAGAGGACGGGGAAGGAAAGGAUCUGAUGAAGAUUCUCCCAAGAAGAAAAAAGUGAAAAACAGUCCGGACUUGAGUGAUGCUCUUCUGCCUAUGCAACCAUCGGAUGUUUUGGACAUGCCAGUCGAUCCCAAUGAGCCUACGUACUGCCUCUGUCAUCAGGUGUCAUAUGGAGAGAUGAUUGGAUGCGAUAACCCAGAUUGUCCCAUUGAGUGGUUUCACUUUGCUUGUGUUGAUCUCGCCACAAAACCAAAGGGAAAAUGGUUUUGUCCAAGAUGCACUCAAGACAGGAAGAAAAAAUGAGAUUUAUUGUCAUAAAUUCUUACCUAAUGUAUGUAUUUUUGGUGUUGUUAAAUAGAGUAGUAAAUAUAAAGAUAUAUUUCUUCUUAAAAUUUCUCUGGUGGGUUACACAGCUUUCUUUAAAGGCUUAAUUUGGAUUUGGUGUAACGCUGUACUUGUGCACCAUCAUUCCUCUGUACUGCUUUCACAACAAUUUUUAGCACAAUUUUCUCUGUCGCAGAGCUUUACGGCUAUUAUUUCCUGUGCAUCUGGGUCUGAUCAGAAAGUCCCUCCUCUCAAGUAAUAAGCUGUAUAUAUACACCACCAUAACUAACAAGCUUGUAAAAUCCUGGUUUGUGGCUUUAGGAAACUUGAAAUGUCAGAUUUAAAAAGAACUUUUUUUUUUUUUUUAAAUGAACAGCCUGCUGAGAAUUUACCAUUGAAACACCCCAAACCUUGCUGAAAUGGUAAACGGAAUUAUGUGUCAGUUUUUUUUUUACUACCUCCUUAAGGCGUACAACACCACUGUUUGAAUGACUGCAGCUGAUCUGAUUUUUUUUAUAUUAUUGUUAUUUUAAUGUUUUUUUUUUAGCUGAAACCAAACUAGCAAUGAUAUGUAAAAUCAUCUCGGAUCAAAUUUUAACAAAAGCCUACGACAUUUUUGAAUGUAUUAUGGUCCUAAUGCUUGGUCAGUGUCUCAUUUCAGCUGAAUGAGGUAUUUAAGCACUUUAAACAAAAAAAUAUUCCCCUUAGAAAGGCUCGAUACUGCAGGCUAAGUUUUGAGAUAUAAUUUCUCAUUUGAAACUAUGCCCUGGCACAGCCAGUGUUUCCCCCUAGGUUGACAGAUUGGAAAGCUAGUCUGCACAAGUUUAGGGGAAAUGUUGGUAGUUCUCUUCAAACCAUAUAUGGAAAUAUCUUUUGUAUAAUACAAUAUUUUAUAGACACAUUUUCCAAAGAUAUAUUUGUUGUAUAGUUACUGGCGUACUCAUAAUUUAAUAGGAUUUAGCAUCUUUCAUAUUUGACUGUGAAUCACUCAUUUACGUGUAAGCCACAAAUAUAAAAACCAAAGUUUAUGUAUUUUGUAAAAUUCAGUAUUUUAUAACAAAUAAAUUUUCAUUAUUGAUCAUG